AUGCACUGGGCGAGUCGCUCUGGUCCCGGCUACAGUCGGCAUCACGCUCGCUCCAAUGCUGCACGCGAAGGCGGCCUCCGCAACAUGAACCGUCAUCGACCUGACUGCUCCGACGCAAGAAUGCUCUUCGAACUUUGCACGUACUGCGAUGUCAUAGGACCCGUCGUCAACACUGAGCUUGCACCUCGCACGAGCCCAGCAGAGAUCAGAGGACAGGCAUUCAACGCCCUCGUGAACUCCCACAGCUCUCACUCGUCCUUCUCGCCCAGCCGCACAUACGCACAAGUCGUUCGAAGCCCAUCGCCUAUGUUCAUGACUCAUCCACCUACCAACCAUCGAGCGACAAGCCACGUCGUACAGGCACAGACUCAAGCACAAGCAGGUGCUUCUGGACGAGGUCAAGAAUUUCAAGAAGUCGCAGAUUGGAUUGCGUCAAGCUCGAUGCCGCAGGACACAAGUCGAAGCUAUGCCCAGGUCGUUCAGCAGCCUGCUCAGCAGGUCAGUCGGACACAUGGAACACCGCAGGGCAAGGGGAAUGCUCGACUUCGGGCGACACCACAGCAGGCCUAUCUGCCGUCGUCGAUGCGUUCUGCGCAGUCGACCGCAAAGCGAGCCUCGCCGAACACCGCUUCUUCGCCGCCGCGCACUCAAGCGUCUCAGUCAUGCGCUAUUCCACGAUCGAUGGCUCCACCUCAGGCUUCUCCUCAUCGCGUAUCGCUCACUGGAUCGUUGCCGCAAGUGCCAGCAGGCAUGAUGGAUGCCGCUUUGCAGCCGGAAAGAGUUCCCAACCCGAGAGACAUAGGAGCGUUUGUGCAAAGAACUGAGCGUGGCAGUCAGAGAAACCCGUCAUCGCUUGUGCCAGGGCCAUACCCAAGCACACCUACCUCGCCCGGAACCCUGUCAGAGGCGUCCUUCGCCUCUACUCGCAGGACUGGGGACGCACGCUACGACCCUAGCCUCCCGCAUGCUUGUAAUAUAUGCCGCCAUACUUUCAAGUCUCCAGACGCCCUGAAACGCCAUAUCAGGAAUGUACACACGGAGCGUCCGCAUCGCGCAGGCAUUCAGGAAUGUGAGACAAGUCGGAAGCCGGCGGCAAUCAGUGCUGCGACGUAA